AAGACUCUUGUUUCUUAUACAGAACGAAAGGAAAGGGAAGGAAAACCAAAAAAAUGAAGCCCUUAGGAUGGUGGCUGAUGCUAGUGGGUUCGCUUCGAUUAGCCUCUGUUUGGUUCGGCUUCGUCGACAUUUGGGCUCUACGACUCGCCGUUUUCUCCAAUACCACCAUGACUGAAGUUCAUGGAAGGACGUUUGGAGUUUGGACACUUCUAACUUGUACCCUCUGCUUUCUUUGUGCAUUUAACCUUGAGAAUAGGCCACUUUAUUUGGCUACCUUCUUGUCAUUCAUCUAUGCCUUUGGUCAUUUCUUGACUGAAUACCUGAUAUAUCAUACGAUGGCAAUUGCAAAUCUGACAACUGUCGGCAUCUUUGCAGGCACAUCAAUAAUAUGGAUGCUGUUGCAGUGGAAUGCACAUCAACCUAUCCACCCAAAGCAUUCUUGAAUGUAGAAUGAUGUGCUUCUUAUUUCUCCCUUCUUUUUGGCUGAUAAAGAUGGAUUUUUUUUACCAGGCAUUUUUCAUGUUGCUUGUUUUGUUCUUUUUAUGCAUAAGUCUAUCAAUUGCUCAAGGCAAGGGUUCACGCACACUGUCGGUUUAUAAAGUUAUGCAAAUUUCUUUCCAA